AUGGAGUCGGCAACGUGUGUACCACCCGGUGAACGGCUGGGUGGCAAUACGCACGCGUUCCUCGAUCUAUUCAUGGUGGUGACCGUGGGGCUUGCACUCUGCGUCGUGCUCUUCCGCGUUCUAUUCACUGUGUUCCCCAUGCCAGCACAGAGGCCUGCUAGUGUGAACAACAGCCCUACCGCCAGCCCCGAAGCGCCCCGUAACCUAAAGACCUUGGAUCGACACCCUGUCAUGCGAGCGACCAGCGUGCGCGACCGUCUGGAACGUGAGACCCGCGUGAGACUACCGCGUCGCUCUACUUACUAUUCAAUGCCCUUCUUCGCUGACACGGUAGCCAACAAGCAGGAGUUUGUGGAGAGCCUCGUGGAGCUGGGGGACGCGCCGCUGGACGGCUGGCUACUCGUUAAGAAGGGCCUGCAACGAGGCAAACAUUGGAAGAAACGCUAUGUUGUGCUGGACGCGCACGCGAGGGUCAAAUACUACCCGAAUGCAGAUGCUGCGAGACGCAAUACAAACGUCAAGGGAUCGCUAGCCGUGCACGCCGUGAAGCCUGCUGAUCCAUUCGAGUUCGGAGCCAAUACCCUUGAGAUCCGAGGCACACUGGGCGGCACCUACUUUUUCAGGGCGGAGGACGACAUGGCCGCGCGUUCGUGGCUCUGUGUGCUCACGAUGCGCGCGAUUCAGGGUCACGUGCCAGGGCGCAUUGAUAGUGUUCUUAGUGCUGCAGUCGCGUCCGUGCCGUCGCAGUCGCAGACGACCAACGGCGGCACCGCGGCCCCGCUCGCGUCCAAACUGCAUUCAUUCUCUGAGGCGAGCGAAAAUGGAUUUAACCCGUUGAAUGCCACAGCUAGUGCUUUAAACCUCCUAAGUAGUCCAGGUGAGGACGUUGAGGUCCCUCCCGUACGACUGAAAUCACACGCACUGGAGCUGGUGGUGCAAGACAUGAGCUACGACAAGGACGCGUCGCUACGCCAGUUCUACGUGGUGGCCAAGUUCAAAUCCGAACUCCACGACUACUCAAGUGUCCCUGUGGGCCAGACUUCUCCCAAGCCUCGAGGCGAGAAGGGAGAGAAAGGAGCCGUUGUCAAGUGGAACGAAAAGCUGACGUGGCAUUUCCAAGAUCACCUGUGCUCGGAGUGUCAAGAGUGUCGCUCGUUGGGUGCCAUGUCGGGUGCUUUCUGUGGCCUUCCCGACAUUAUGGUGCUGCACGUGUACGAGAUCCACCUACGCUACCUGACGACGAAAAUUGGCGAAGUGUCGCUAUCUCUCCGCGAACUACUGGGCUUUACGGGCAUGCGGACGGCUCAAUUCACAUGCGCGUGGCCUGUCACAUCUACUCGUGAUGCCAUUCUCGGACAACUCAUGCUUUCGCUGAAAUACUCGGUGGAUAAUGCUGGGGGAGCCGAGUUGAUGCAGUUUCUUGUGACCUCUGCUGACGAGCGUGAACUAGUUGGAGAGUACCCACUUCACGCAUCUUUGACAAGUGCCUACGAUUUCUUCAAUAAUUUUUUGGCGAAUGGCACGUCAGACCGCUUGAGCGAAUAUUACAAGGAGCGAGGGGACACGGAAAUUGAGGCCGGCGACUGGACUCCAUCCAAGGAAUUCGGUGGCCAAACACGCACAAUGAGCUGCCGCUCGCCCACGAACGCAUCGAUUGGUCCUUCUCACACUAUGACAACGACAACGGAUCACGUGCCAUUUGACGAGGGAGGCAUUGAUGACAGCGCAAAGCUCGUCAUGCAGUCGAAGGUAUUCAUGCACGACAUUCCAUAUGGCGACUGUUUCUCUGUUGAAAAGGUGACUAUCGUGGAGCGAGUUCCUUCCAACGACGGAAGCCCAGGACAGCUCGUAGCCAAAAUUUACCUCGGGGUCCCGUUCUCGAAGGGCUGUAUGUUUAAGUCGAAGAUUAUUUCCGCGACGCGUGAGGCGAUGGCGAGCUCGUCGAAGCUGUAUUUCCACAUGGUGAACCGGUCCAUGGAGAGUCUUGGCGCCUCGAUGCCAGCAACGCCUGUAAAGCCAUUCUUGGUGUCCACGGAGGAGGAGCGACAAGUUGUUGGCGAAUACGAGUUACACCCUGCUAUUAAGGAUGGCCUGCACUUCUUCGACCUGUUCUACGCCAACAACACGCUAUCGCGUUGGCAGACGAUUCACCAAGAAGCAGGAGACACGGAGCAUGUUGUCGGCAAGUGGGAGGAGUCGGAAGAGUAUGGCGGUCAGGUGCGUGAGAUGAAGUACCGUGCAAAGAGUACGUCACCUCUUGGACCGUCGUCGACUAUGGCAGAACAGAUUGUGCACGUGCCGUUCUCUCCCCAAGAUCGUAACAGUUUGGACGCAGAUCGAAUCGUGAUCGAACACAAGCUUACGCUGCUUGAAAUUCCCUAUGGAGACUGCUUCCACGUCGAGACUGUGUAUGUGAUUGAGCCGCGUACUGAUGCUAUGGGGUCUGCAUUGAUUGCCAAGGUCUAUAUCGGAAUCCCGUUUUCCAAGAGCACGAUGUUUAAGUCAAAGAUCAUGUCUGCUACCAAAGAAGGCGUUGUGAAGAGUACAAAGAUGGUCGUCGACGGGCUCAACAAGGCAGUGGGCACAGAAGUUCCGGUCGACUCAACCGAGACGUCCCGUAAUUCCAUAAUUACUGAGCAUGGCCGUGGCCGCCCGCGGAGGAGUUCAUCAAUUGGCGCCACUUCUCGGCGCCGUCCAAGCGUGGCACGCUACAACAGCACUCUAGAUGGAAGCGUUGCGCUUGAGGAGAUUUUUGAAAACCAGCGGGUGAGCAUGUUUGGAAAGUGGGCACCAAACCACUUGCUGCCUACGGACCGACCGCGCUUCUCAAACCGAGAUGGUGACAAAGCAAUGAGUUUCGAGCAGGUUUCUCUUCCUCCUAGCUGGAGCUGGACGACUCCGUGGAGAAUUGACAAGAGCUACACAGAUUGUGACGACGAAGGAUGGAGUUAUGCAACUGACUUCCCACGUUUCAAGUUCCAUUUGGCUCGGGGCAAGUCUAGCAUGAAGCGUUUGGGUGCUUCGCACGCAAAUAAAAAUCGAGCCCACAACUCAACAAGUCAAGAAGUACCAACAACGAUGAACUUCUCCCAGCGUGUACUGCUUCUCAUGGCCCUCGUCAUGGUGACUUCCUGCUCGUGGACGGCCGGAGCUGGGGGUCCACAGCCGAUUUCUGCUCGAUACGGUGAUUUCCGCGAGCGCAUGCUCCGCCAGCGUCUUGCGAAGCAAGCAGCCUAUGACAAGAGAGAGCGUGAUUUUUUCAGCGGUGAACGCUGGAAGCGCUACUAAACCUGAACCCGGCGGCAUGUGCACCUAAGCCUUCCCCCCCCUACCUUAGUAGGGUAAUAAUGAAACACGACACUUUCCCGGACUCAA